GCUAAAACUAGGUGUAAAAAUCCUUAAAGUCUUGAUUUGCCAAUCUCUCUCCUUCCUACUCCCUCCUUAAACCCUUUUGAAAGCCCUAAAUCUUGGUUUCCAAACUUGUAACACAAUUCUUUCCUCCUUAACUAGAACAAAUUGGCAAGAAUGGAGGCAAUAGCAGCAGGAGAAGAGAGGAUAGUUUCAGAAAGAUUAAGGCAAAAACUGAACGAAGUUAACAAAGCUGCCGAAACCCAACUCUCUGGCAUUCAAGACCACGUCAAUUUCACUCUUCAGCAAGCUUAUUUCAGAUGUGCUUACGAAUGCUUUGAUAGGAGAAGAAACCAAGAGGAGAUUGGGCGCUGUGUCGAGCACUGCAGUGUUCCUGUGCACAAUGCUCAGCAUCUUGUUCAGAAUGAGAUGGCCAAGUUUCAGGAAAGACUGCAGAGGUCUCUAAUGGUGUGCCAAGACAAGUUUGAGAGUGCUAAACUCCAGAAGAACAAAAGUGAUGCCACAAAGGAACUGGAAUCAUGUGUUGACCAGUCGGUUCAUGACAGCAUCAACAUAUUGCCACAUCUUGUUGCAAAACUAAAGGGUUCUCUCGGCAUGAGCAAUUGAACAAAUGUAGCAUCACCAUGAAUUUGAAGAAAUGAGGGUUUUCUUUUUUACUUCGAAAAUAUUAGUCUUCAUAAAUGGCAUGCUUAGAUGAGUUAAGUAAUGAAAAUCAACUCAAGUAGAAGUAACGAAAAAUGACUCCAAUUUUGCAGACUGUAAAUCAGGUGCAUCUGAAGUUGUUAACUUUGCACUGAUCAAAAUUCUUACAGUCGCCUGGCCGCGAUUCACCCAUUUUGCCGUUGGUGAGUCCAAAGGAUUCUAGAAACUGUACGUUACUACUUUAUGGAAGCUCUACAACAAUGAUCGUGCACGCGGAUUAUCAAUAAAAUAACUCGAACUCUCUGUUUC